CUCAUCGGUCCGAGUGAGUGGAUUUCGCGUUGCCGGUUUGGUUGUUGUCUAUUUAUUCAAUUUUUUAUUUGCCAGUUUUACACGCGAUAUUCAUAUUUUUAUUCAUUAGUAUUAUUGUACAACAACGGAGUCGAUCGUUUCCACAUAUCUAUAAUUUUUUAUUUCAUUCGCCUUUGUCCUAUUCCAUGUAUUAAAAUCGUUACCGGAAUAAAGGACAAUAUAUUCGUUCGUCGGCGCCAAAAAAAAAAACGGCCAUCACGGCGAACAUUCAAACAAAGGGGAAAACCACUUGUAUUAGUCGGUGAACAUUUCAAAAAACAAUAAUUAUUUUCAUCAAUAAACGGCCAACAACCAAAAAGGGCACAGUAAACGAUUCCAUUACCAGCCGGAUCGUGUACUUAAAGCAGACUAUUAUUUCCACAGAGAAAUGCCUAGACCGACGACGGCAGAGCUGUGUCAGAGCACAGCGUUAAAAGGCGGACGAAUGCAGCUGUCGGUCGACCGUUGCUGUUGCUGUUGUUGGAAUCUUAACCCUUGUUAGACGCGGCUAAGACAGCCCAAGACAAAAGCCGAGCAAUACACAAUAACAUGGCCAGCACUACUGCAAUGGUCGUCGAUGGCGGAGAAGAAGGUGGUCAGCUGCUGCUGACGACGGCAAUGACGACCACCCAAAGAUAUGUCAACGUGUCCGACGUGUACGCCGACGACGGGAUUAAUUCUUUCUAUUUUUACGAAACCGUACAGUUCACCGUCUUGUGGAUACUGUUCUUGUCCAUUGUGUUCGGCAACGGAUCCGUUUUGGUGGCGUUGUCGUUCAACAAAGCCCGGAAGAACCGCAUGAACUUCUUUAUCAUGCAUCUGGCGCUGGCAGAUCUGUUGGUCGGACUGGUCAACGUGAUGAUCGACAUGAUAUGGAGAACGACCGUGACCUGGACAGCCGGACCUAUCGCGUGCAAAGUCGUCAAGUAUUUACAGGUGGUCGUCACGUAUUCGUCAACAUAUGUGUUGGUCGCAUUAAGCAUUGAUCGGUACGACGCCAUCACUCAUCCCAUGAACUUUUCCAGUAGCUGGCGCCGGGCUAGAGUAUUGAUUGGCUGUGCGUGGAUUUUGAGUUUUUUGUUCGCCGUCCCCAGCGUGUUCAUUAACGAAGAAAUGAUAAUUCAAGGCCGUACUCAGUGUUGGAUUGAGCUGGCGCCGUGGCAAUGGAAAUUCUACAUAAGUGUGGUGGCUACUACGGUUUUCGUCGUGCCGGCAAUCGUCAUCAGCGGCUGCUACGCCAUUAUCGUCUACACAAUCUGGUCAAAGAGCAAACUAUUGUCGCCAUCCAAGAACAACACCACACUGCAACGUGGAACCAAAAAACCGGAAGAGCACGACAUAAGACGGUCCAGUUCCCGGGGAAUAAUACCAAAGGCCAAAAUCAAAACCGUCAAAAUGACAUUCGUUAUCGUUUUCGUUUUCAUUCUUUGCUGGAGCCCGUACAUAGUGUUCGACCUGCUCCAAGUUUACGGAUACAUACCAAAGACCCAGUCGAACGUGGCGCUGGCCACAUUCAUACAGAGUUUGGCACCGCUAAAUUCUGCCGCAAACCCCAUCAUUUACUGCCUGUUCUCCACUCACAUCUGCAGAUCUCUCAGGCAAGUGCCUCCGUUCAAGUGGUUGCUGUGCUGCCGGAACGGCACCCAAGAACAACUUAGCUACACGGAAACGUUGACCUCGUCCAACCGGCCAGUGAACACGUCCCUUCUGCGCAACGCUACCGUUCACGUCCACUCGGUGGUCAGAGCUCCCAUGCUGAACCGGAUGGGCAUUUCGACGGAAAAGAACAGCUACGCCGAUUCACUGCUCUAAGAUAACCACAGCAACGACGACGGCCCUCUAAAAAUAAUCGCAUGCCAGUGUUGCCAACUGGGACUAGGGUCAAAUUUCCCUGAUCUUUAUUAAAAAAGUCCCCAGAUACGAUACGAUAUCCCUAAAUACGUACACCCAUAUAUUUUUGUAGGUUUUGUGCUACUUAAGUUAAGCUAUUGUCCAAUCAUUAUCUUAAAAUUUUAAUAGCCAAUGAAAUAAAUGUGGUUAUAUUAUAUGUACUACUCCGUUUGCCGGGGUCCUAAUGAUAACAGUUAACAAUGAUUAACAUUAAUUAGAUUUUACAAAAAAAAUCCCUAUACAAUAUUGUAAUUCCCUAAAUAUGGGGAUAAAUCUCUAUAGUUGGCAACACUGUGACGCAUGCAUUUGUGCGCUGAAAUGGCCAACAAUGUCUCCGCGCAGUACCGUUCUCUCGUGAGACAGAAAAUAAUGUAUGAUAAUUUAGGUGGCUUCUAGUAAUCAAAAUGUGGCUUUUAUUUCUCUAGAUAAUAAUUCAAUACAAAAGUAGAACAAAGUCAAAAAUCUACAAUAUUGAAAACGCAUAAUUAAAUACAUUUAUAAUAAUGAUAUCUAAAAUACUUAAUCGACUUUUUAAAAUUUUUAUUGUUCAUCCGAUAACAUUAAUUUAUGUUAUACUAUAAUUCCCUGUUUUUCAAUAAAGCAAAAAAAAAAUUAUAAUAUUCCUAUUUUCUAUUGUCAUAGUUUUAUUUCUGUUUUUGUAAGAACAAAAUUUAAAUAAUGCCAAACAAAUUUUUAAUAUAGAUUUCCAUUCGAAUUUUUACAAACAUGCGAAUGAAAUUAACUUCCGGGUCCUGGGACUUAUCAAUAAUACCAUCAAAUACUACCUAUUCAUUUUUGAUAUAAAUGUAUAUAUUUAGGUGUAUAAUAUAUCUUCAGGUGAAAAGAUAUUUCUCUAUUUGUUAGAAAAUCUAGUUUUAGUUUUUACAGCUGAUGUCAUGUACGUGGAAAAUAACCAGAAGAAAAAGAGGAAUAAUUUUUUCUACAACUAAAAAAGAAUCAAUUUAACGUGGCGUUAUAUUAUAUUAAUCUAUAUUUAAAAAUUCUAUAUUUUUAAAUGUCAACUGUUUAAAAUUCAAUAUUUAUAACGCAAAAAAAAUUAAUAACUAAAAGAAAAACAGAAAUUUAAAUGACCUAAAAAAAAUUGAGAAAUAUUUUUUUACCUGAAGUCAUACUGCUGUCACUAGUGGAAUAGGAAAAAGGACAUUAUUUUAGGUCCACUAUAAUAUAUUUGUGUGUAUAAUAUAUAUAUACAUGUUUUGUAUAAAUAUUAGUUAUUAAGUAUUAUUAUUAUUAUUACCUAUUAUAUUAAUUAGAACAUACAUUUAGCUAUAUUCUAUGACUGACUUGAGCCCUUUUACUUUAUAAUUAUUAUAAUAGUUAUUUCUGUACAAACUUACUGUACUUAUUCCUUAUAUUAUAUUGUAUCGUCUCGAUUCCUAUAACUCGUACUUAUGUGCUACUCAUUACGUCAUAUUACAUGUACAUAUACUAUUAUAUUAUAAUAUAUAUAUACAUAUAGAAAAUUGAAAAAAUGUGUUAAAACCAUAACGUUAUAUUAGAUUAGGUAUUAUCGUAACGCUAUUAUAAGAUAAAACCGAAUAUCUUAGCUUAUUCAAAUUGGUAGCAUAACAUAUUAAAAUAGAUGGUUUUUUAAUUAUAUUAUAACUACGAGUGCCAAACGAUAACGAUACCUAUUUACAUCUGUUUAUUUAUGUAAUACAUUGUUUAUUCUGUGUGUUGUAUUAUACCGUUGAGUAUAUAUACUCAAUGAUUAUACUUUGGAAAUUUGUGCUUAAAUUACAAAACUCAUAGAACAAAAUAUAAAUUUAAGUAUUGUACAAGGUGCGUUGUUAAAAAUGCCUCCGAUAUCAAUUUUUUUUUUAACGCUACAACAAUGAUUUAGUGCAAAAUUGAAUGUCGCAAAAACAUUAUUUACAAAGUAUUGUCAAAUCUAGAUUUAAUUAUUGGAAAUAAAAAAAUGGUUUAAAAUAUAUCAUGUGAAAGUGUUACAGUUGUAAUAUUGUACUUAAAAUAAAAUAUUUUAGAAACUACGUACAAAAAUAUAUCGUUUUAUAUCG